AUGACAACUUCUUCAUCAUCAAUCAAGUUAAAUCCAGGAUGUCAUAAAUUAAAAACAAAAGCAAGACAUUUAUCCCCUAUCCCAUUGAUUGAUUUGACAGAAGAUGUAGAAAAUAUACAUCAAGUGAACAGGGAAAAUCUUAUACUUGGUAUCUCAAAUGAAUAUUUGGAUCAUGGUGAUCAAGAUGUUGUAUGUCAAACAUGUCGUGCAAAGUUAUGGAGAAAUGAAUCCAUUAGAGGUAAAGAAAAGGGGAACACGGAUUAUUCAUUAUGCUGUGCUUACGGAAAAGUUCAACUUCCAGAUUUAAAGAAUGCACCCCUGACUUAUGAAAGAAUUGGUGAAAAGGAUCAAUCAACAUCAAUUGAUAGUGAUAUUAUUGAAGAUAUUAAGGUGAUGUUGGAUUCAAAUAAUGUCUUGGUUAGAUCUUAUAGGAUGGUAAGAGAUACUUUUCCGAAAAAUCCAGAAGUUGAUAUGAAAUUACGACUUAUCGAGAGAAGGGAGCAAGAUGGAAGAACAUAUAACCUACCGACUGCUUCUGAGGUUGCUGCUUUAAUAAUUGGUGAUAUUUCGGAUUCAAUCGAAAAGAGGGAUAUUGUCAUUCAAACAAAAAAUGGUUGUCUACAACGUAUCAGUGAAUUGCAUCCUUCGUACCUUCCUCUCCAAUAUCCAUUGCUAUUUCCAUAUGGGGAUGAUGGUUACAGUGUAGACAUUCUUCAUAGAGGUGUGUCAUAUACGACCGACAGCACGCGUGCGAAAUGUACAAUGAGAGAAUAUUUCAGUUAUAGGAUUCAAGACAGAGAUCAUUCGUUCUCUCUCAUACUUAAUUCAAGAAGGUUGUUUCAACAAUUUCUGUUAGAUGCCUAUACUAUGAUGGAAACGGAGAGAAUGUACAACAUACGUAGGCAACAACUUGUUCUUAGAUGUAAUUCUUAUGAAAAUAUACGUAACCAAAAAGCUCAAGGAACAACUGAUAUCUCGAAUGUUGGCCAACGUGUCAUAUUACCUUCAUCCUUUACCGGUGGUGCACGCUAUAUGCUGCAAAGCUAUUUGGAUGCCAUGUCACUAUGUAAAUGGUUUGGAUAUCCUGAUUUCUUCAUAACCUUUACGUGUAAUCCCAAAUGGCCUGAGAUUAAAAGGUUUCUUAAGGAUACUUCACUUCAACCAGAAGACAGGCCUUAUAUACUAUGUAGGUUGUUCAAGAUCAAGCUUGAUGCAUUCAUUAAAGACUUAAGGGAGAAACAAAUUUUUGGCAAAGUUCAAGCAUAUGUUUAUACCAUUGAAUUUCAAAAAAGAGGUUUGCCGCAUAGUCAUAUAUGCCUAUUCAUGCAUUCUGACAACAAGCUACCAACUGUUGAACUUAUCGAUCCGAUAAUUUCAGCAGAGAUACCAGACAGAAUUGAAGAUCUUGAAUUGUAUUCACUUGUAAAUGAGUUUAUGAUUCAUGGUCCAUGUGGAGCUGAAAAUAUCAAUUGUCCGUGCAUGGUGGAUAAAAAGUGCUCUAAAAACUUUCCAAAACAAUUCAGUAAUCAUUCGUUUGUUGAUCAGAAUGGUUUUCCGUUAUAUAGGCGAAGAAACGAUGGUCAUUUUGUAGAAAAAUCACGUGGAUCUUCCAUAAAGUAUUUGUUUAAAUACAUAAACAAGGGUCCUGAUAGAGCUACAGUUGCUGUUGUACCAACUACUAAUGAAUGUGAAAAUAAUGAUGCGGUCGAUGAAAUAGCUCAAUAUUACGAUUAUAUCCUUCUGUUGUCAGACUACCUUUUCAUAUUCCUAAUCAACAGCAGCGAAGACGAUGAUAUUGAUGAAGUUCUUGACAAACCUUUUGUUGCGGCUUCAAAGUUCACAGCUUGGAUGGAGUGUAAUUCAAUCGACAGCGAGGCACGAAAACUCACAUAUGUUGAAUUCCCUACUAAGUGUGUUUGGAUAUUAAAUGGUCGGUUUUGGAAGAGAAGAAAAGUGGGAAAAGCCAUCGGUAGAAUUCAUUCUGUUUCACCUAAACUAGGUGAAGCAUAUUUCUUAAGGAUUCUUUUAAAUAAAGUAAAAGGACCAACAUCAUUUGAUGAUAUUCGCACGGUAAAUGGUCAAACACAUUCUUCCUUUAGAGAUGCUUGUUAUGCACUCGGGCUAUUAGAUGAUGACAAGGAAUACAUUGAUGCAAUUAAAGAAGCAAGUCAUUCUGGAUCUGGUUUUUAUCUACGCUUUUUAUUUGCUACAUUGUUGAUGUGUAAUAAUAUGCCAAAACCAGAGGUCGUUUGGGAAAAUACAUGGGAAUAUUUGACAGAUGGAAUUCUAUAUAGCCAACGACAAAGAUUUAAGUCUGCAGAAUUGUCACUCGGAGUAGAUGAACUUAAGAACUUAACUUUGUUCGAAAUACAACAAAUUUUACUUCAAAACAACUCUACUCUCAAAAACUUCAAAAACAUGUCAUACCCAGAUGUUGAAUCCGUUUCUUCUUCAAACAAUCGGCUUAUUACCGAGGAGCUAGAUUACGACGUUCCCGUGAUAAAGAAUGACUAUGAUCGUAUGUUUCUUGCAUUAACAAAUGAGCAACGUAACAUUUUCCUAAACAUCAUGAGUGCUAUUCAAGAAAAUAAAGGAUGUGUCUUCUUUGUUUACGGUUAUGGUGGAACGGGUAAAACUUUUUUAUCGAAAACAAUAUCUGCAACAAUUAGAUCUGAAGGAAAUAUUGUAUUAAAUGUUGCUUCAAGCGGUAUUGCUUCCUUAUUAUUGCCCGGUGGUAGAACAACACACUCUCGAUUUAUAAUUCCAUUUGAGCUUACAGAGGAUUCUUUUUGUGACAUAAAUCCAGACGGUGAGUUGGCAAGCUUAAUAAUAAAAACCUCUUUAAUAAUUUGGGAUGAAGCACCUAUGGUCCAUAAGCAUGCAUUUGAAGCUUUAGAUCGAACUUUGAAGGAUUUAUUAAGGUGCGUAAAUUCAACCAUCUCAAAUAUUCCAUUUGGAGGGAAAGUUAUUGUCUUUGGAGGAGAUUUUAGACAGAUUCUACCUGUUGUUUCGGGUGGCAAUAGACAGAACAUUAUAAAUGCUUCUUUGAGUUCUUCAUAUUUAUGGCAACAUUGCAAAGUCCAUAGAUUAACAAAAAACAUGAGGCUAACUAUUGGAAGGGAUCAAUCAGAUAUAGGAAAAAUAAGAGAUUUUGCAAAUUGGUUGUUGGAUAUAGGAGAAGGAAAACUUAGUGGUCCGAACGACGGUGAAACGAUUAUCGAUAUUCCGGAUGAUAUUCUGAUUAAUGAUUCACAUGAUCCUAUAGGUUCCUUAAUUGAGUUUGUAUAUCCUUCAAUUUUAGAGAACUAUAGUGAUAUAAAUUAUUUCCAAGAAAGAGCGAUACUUGCUCUAAAAAAUGAAGUUGUUCAGGAAAUAAACGACCGUCUGCUUAAGAAGUUUCCAGGAGAUGAAAUUGAAUAUUUAAGUUCAUACAGCAUAUGUGAAUCCGAAUAUCUCCAUGAUCAAUUUGAUUCAAAUUUAUACUCUCCUGAUGUAUUAAAUGGUCUCAAAGUAUCCGGUUUACCAAAUCAUAAGUUAGUUUUAAAAAUUGGUGUUCCAGUAAUGUUACUGAGAAAUAUUGAUCAGAAAAACGGCUUAUGUAAUGGCACAAGACUACAGGUGUUAUCAUUGGGCAAACGUGUUAUUGAGGCACGUAUAAUAACUGGAACUAAUAUUGGAAAUCAGACUUUUAUUCCAAGAAUGUCUUUAACUCCAUCAGAAAAAAAGAUUCCCUUCAAAUUCACAAGAAGACAGUUUCAUUUGGCCGUAUGUUUUGCAAUGACUAUUAAUAAAAGUCAAGGACAAUCGUUAUCAAAGGCAUCGUUAGAUAGUGAUGUUGAUGAUGAAAUUAUAUGUGAUGAUUCAUCUGAUUCUUGUAUCUCAGAUUCUGAAGUAAUCUCGCGAACAACUCUAGUGCCAAUAAAGCCUAAGUUUCACAAUCCAUCAUCUGGAAAAACUUCCAAGUCAUCAUCUGACUCUCGGGUGAAACCAUGGUUAAAUAUGAAAGAUAUUGUCAACCCUAAGAGAGAAGCCAAAAAUGCCCUUAAUAAAGAAAUUAGGUCAAGGCAAGAUUCCAAAUUCAUUAAGAGAUCCGAAAAGAAAGUAUCUCGGACAACUAGCCCAACCACUAGGAACCAAAAUACCUUUCUUCAUGCUAAGAUUCUUAAAAGGUCAUCCAAUCUUCUUAGUUUGGUCACUCCAAAUAAGUUUGUGAGUCCUAAUUUGAAAAAGGUUACUGUUGAGAAUCAUUUAGUAAAAACUGACUAUUCUCAGACAUUUUCUUCUAUAUUUAUUGCCAAAUCUGAUGACACCAUUUUUAAACCUCAAAAAUUUCCAAAAUCAAAUGUACCAUCAAUAGCAGCAAGCAUGGAACGAGUUGGUAAGUACAUUGUUGUUAAAAAAUACUCAAAAUCUUCAAAACAAAAUAUUGAGUUGAAAGUGAAAAGAGUUGAAAAUGUUUCUGUAACUCUAUCAACACAGUGA